AUGGCCCAAAGCUCAAGUACUGACGUUCCUUCUCCUUCGGCAGGCGCCCAUGCAGAAGGCGGAAAACUCCUUGAACACGAGCUUUUCUGGCGCGAUCACUACGACUGGCUACUUUCAAGAGGCUACCACCUCCGAUCACGGUAUAAACCUGACUGGAAGCCAUCAUGGGAGGGGACAAAGAAAUUCUGGGCUGUUUGUACCGAUGGCAUAAUGCCUAAGCACCCGAGUGUACUAGAUGCUGAACGCGAGUCAGACGGCGAGCUGCUGAUGCUCAAACGCGUGCAGAGGACCUUGCAUCCGCACGAGGCAGUGAUUGGGCAAUUUUUCUCUUCAAGCCCGGUUGUUACGGACCCAUCCAAUCAUUGUAUCCCCAUCUAUGAAGUAUUGGAAGUGCCAGACGACAAGGAUGUAAUCAUUCUCGUUAUGCCGCUUCUGCGACGGCACGACAGUCCAACCUUCGAUACCGUUGGUGAGGCCAUCGAGUUCUUUCGUCAAGUUUUCGAGGGACUCCAAUUCAUGCAUCGGCAUCACGUAGCUCAUCGUGACGCCGCAGCUCUAAACAUCAUGAUGGAUGCCAGGACCCUGUACAUCGACAGAUACCACCCUUCGCGGCCGAAUUCUAAAAUUGACAUUAAUGGAGCUCCAAGGCACUAUACCAGGACACAGGUUCCAGUAAAGUAUUAUUUCACGGACUUUGGUCUGUCUCGACAGUACAAACCAGAAAAUCUCCCUGUAACUGAGGAGGUCAUUUAUGGUGCUGACAAGACUGUCCCGGAAUUCGAGACCCUGGAGUCCUGUGAUCCUUUCCCAACCGACGUAUAUACCUUAGGAAAUAUGAUUAGGGAGGAAUUCAUCGAGGGGUCCCGUUUCGACAAACGCAAGCUUGGCUUUGACUUCAUGAAGCCACUCGUCGCCGACAUGACCCAAGCAGAUCCAACGAAGCGUCCCACCAUGGACGAAGUCGUGGAACGCUUCGAAAAGAUUCGAAAGGACCUAACCCCGUGGAAAUUGCGUUCUCGAGUGGUUGAAGUACCGGAAUCACCCUUUUCAAAGACUUUCCGCAAUCUUGGGCACUGGAAACGGCGAAUAUGGUUUAUGGCGAGACGUGUUCCUCCAGUUCCUGCACCUUCAUAG